UGUGAAAAGACCGGCAGGAGGAGUGCGACUUGCUAUAAGGACACUAGCGACCCUUAAAUCAAGCCGCUCCUCUAUCUUUUCGCAGGAGAUUUGAAGAAACCAACAACAAAACCGGAGCAGUGAUUGAAGCCCGAUAGAGAGAGGUAGCCUGACAGCGCCAGUGUUUUGACAUCUUUUUAAAUUAUUCUCAGCUGCAGAGACACUUGGGGACCGAGGGACCUACCAUGAUAAGGGCUGUGGAUAUUGUGCUUACUGUGCUGCUCGCCGCGUCCCUGUCGUGCAGGAGCGCGUUCGGCGGCUACGGGAUGAGUCUGUUCGCGGCUCAGACUUCUUCCCCGGACCCCUGCUACGACGAGCACGGCAACCCACGGCGUUGCAUCCCGGACUUCGUCAACUCCGCCUUCGGCAAGGAAGUAAAGGUAUCCAGCACCUGCGGCAAGCCGCCCAAUCGCUACUGCGUGGUGACAUCGGCGGAGAAAGGGGAUGAGAGGACCAGGAACUGCCACACCUGCGAUGCCUCGGACCCCAAAAAGUACCACCCACCAGCGUACCUGACGGACCUGAACAACCCGCACAACCUCACUUGCUGGCAGUCCGAGAACUUCAUCCAGUACCCGCAGAAUGUCACCCUGACUCUGUCCCUCGGUAAGAAGUUUGAGGUCACUUAUGUGAGCCUGCAGUUUUUCUCGCCUCGACCCGAAUCCAUGGUUAUUUACAAGUCCAUGGACUACGGUAAAACUUGGGUACCCUUUCAGUUUUACUCGACCCAGUGCAGGAAGAUGUACAAUAAGCCAAACAGGGCCGUUAUCACGAAGCAGAACGAGCAGGAGGCCGUGUGCACGGACUCCCACACCGACAUGUACCCUCUGACCGGCGGGCUCAUCGCCUUCAGCACGCUGGACGGCAGACCGUCGGCGCACGACUUUGACAACUCCCCGGUGCUGCAGGACUGGGUAACAGCCACUGACAUAAAAGUCAUCUUCAGCCGGUUGCACACUUUCGGCGACGAAAACGAGGACGACUCGGAGCUGGCCCGUGACUCGUACUUCUACGCCGUGUCGGACCUACAGGUCGGAGGGAGAUGCAAAUGCAACGGGCACGCAUCUCGGUGCGUAAAAGACCGGGAUGGGAGUCUGGUGUGUGAGUGCAAGCACAACACCGCGGGGCCGGAGUGCGACAGGUGCAAACCUUUCCACUACGACAGACCAUGGCAGAGAGCUACAGCCAGGGAGGCCAACGAGUGCGUCGCCUGUAACUGCAACCUUCAUGCCCGAAGGUGUCGUUUCAACAUGGAGCUGUACAAGCUGUCGGGAAGGAAGAGUGGAGGAGUCUGCCUCAACUGUCGCCACAACACGGCUGGACGCCACUGCCACUACUGCAAGGAGGGGUACUACAGAGACCUGUCCAAACCUAUCUCCCACAGGAAAGCCUGCAAAGCAUGUGAUUGCCAUCCCGUGGGUGCUGCUGGCAAAACCUGUAACCAAACCACAGGACAAUGUCCCUGUAAAGACGGCGUGACUGGUAUCACGUGCAACCGCUGUGCUAAAGGCUACCAGCAGAGCCGCUCGCCCAUUGCCCCCUGCAUAAAGAUUCCAGUUGUACCUCCUACAACCCCAUCCAGCAGUACAGAGGAACCAUCAGACUGUGACUCUUAUUGCAAAGCAUCUAAAGGCAAACUGAAGAUCAACAUGAAGAAGUACUGCAAGAAAGAUUACGCUGUCCAGGUGCACAUCCUGAAGGCAGACAAAGCCGGUGAGUGGUGGAAGUUUACCGUCAACAUCAUCUCUGUCUACAAGCAGGGCGAGAGCCGCAUCCGCCGUGGGGACCAGUUCCUGUGGGUCCGCACCAAAGACGUGGCCUGCAAGUGUCCUAAGAUCAAGCCUGGGAAAAAGUACCUUCUGCUGGGGAAUGACGAGGACUCCCCCGGCCAGAGUGGAGUGGUAGCAGACAAAGGCAGCCUGGUUAUCCAGUGGAGGGACACGUGGGCACGCAGGCUCAGAAAGUUCCAGCAGCGCGAAAAGAAAGGCAAAUGCAAGAAGCCAUAAGAGGAAAAAGAUGGAGAGAAUGCCGCAGAGGGGGAGGAAUUCAAGAUAAAAACUGAGCAGGUGAUUUUAAGAAAAAAAUAAAAUAAAGGUGAAAGAGAGGCAGACAGAGGACCACGGACAGACAAGAGACUGUUUAUGUCGCUGCUUUUUUUGUGUAGAAGCAUGAAGAGAAUUAUUUAGGAUGAUUGGUUUUUGUAGUGAACUUUUGUUGAAGGAGCUCACCUUGCAGAUUUGGUUUUAUGUUUUAUUUUACUUUGAGAUUUGUCUCUCUUGUGGAUUUGCCAAAUUUGCACCUAUUACCAGCAUAUAAAGUUAUUUGUGUUUGUUUUCUUUAUCUUAGUAUAAAAUCAUUAUAUUUUAUGGUACAAUUUUAUGGACAUUUUCUGCUGGUGCAAAAAUGACAGAAAAAGCCACUUAAUUACCACUGCAAGUUUGCCUCUGCAUGGGUUUCUUGUUGUAUUUGUAGCUAAGAAGCGAGCUUGUUUUAUCAAGUCUUCACUGAUCUGAUUUAGGCAAUAAUACUCCCUCACUUAAGAAUUGUGCCAUAAAUACUAUUGUUUGCAAGCCCCAAAAAUGCAUAAUACAUUUAGCUGUUAGUGAGUUGCCAUUUCUUUCCCCUGUUGUACAAAUUCAGGUAUUUCUGCAACUCAAGAAACAACACAUCUGUAGUGCUACUUUUUUACACAAUUGAUAAAAGAAUUGUUGACCUGAUGAAUCUUGAUUAUUACUCCCCUAUUUUCCUUACAUUUCACUAGUUAGAUUUUGGUGGUUCAGAAUUUGUACAAGCCUGCAUGUGAACGCAACUUGUUUGAGAUUGUAAUGUUUAAUUCACUAACUGAUGCUGCUCAUUGUACUAAUGUUAAAAUUACACCUUUUUUGAGAGGACAGUUUAUAAUCACUGAUUUCACUUUAGUACUUACUGUAAUUGAGAUUUCAUUUAUUUCACAACUCCGGCAGAAGUUUAUCAAAGGACCAGCGGCAAGACGCAUAAAAACAUUAUUAAAACAUUCACAUAAUCAGGAAUUGUUCUUUGGUGGUAAUCUUUUUUUUUUACAGUCUAAAGGCAGUAAAGCUAAUA